AUGGAUCAUAAAGAUUACUAAUAAAACUAAUAGAUAUCUCAAUAUUUAAGAACUCAUGAAGAUGAAUUCGAAGAUGACGAGGUUGAUGAGAAUAUUUCAAACGUUUUAAAUGAUUUUGAAAGCUAAUACGAUUUCAAAAACAAAUGUAAAAAUACUUUGGAUAAAUAUUUUGCCCAAGCUACUAGUAAAAAUGAUUACUAACAAAGAAUGAAAUUUAUUAAUAAAUUGGUAUAAAGCUCUGCAUGUAUGAUUAAUGGUUUGUUCAGAUAAGAUCAAUAAAAGCAUAUGUCAUAGAUUGUACUUAAUAAGAAUCUAUUAAAUAAAAUAGAGAAAGGUUAUAUGGCUUGCGAAUAAAAUACCCUAAAUAAGAAUGCAUUGUAAAAUAUGCAGUACUAACUCUAAAAAUUAAUGAAGAAUCUGGAAUGCAUGAAGCAAACAACCGAGACAAUAAAAUAAAAUACUUCUGAAACGUUAUACUCUAAAUUGAAGGAAGAAGACAUGAAAAUGAUGAAAGCUUUUGGUUCUUUCAAUAUGACAGAAGAAAAUAAUGGCUCAAGCAUUUCUGUUUCUAGCAUCCAAUCUUAAUAAGAUUAAUAACUAAGAAGGAAAACCAUUUAAAGAAUGACUAAGCAUCUCUUUUCCUUGGAAAAUGACAAUUAAGAAACUAGCUUGAUUGACUAUUAGCUACUUUCUGCUUCUAUAGAGAUAAUGGAUAAAUUUUUCUUAAUACACACGAAAAAUGAAUACUCUACUGAUCAAAGUUUGAUAUCUCUGACAUCUAUAAGUGGUGUACUAAUCAGCUAAAAGAUUUUAUAAAAUAACAACUAAAUUCUCAUAAAACUUAUGGAUUCUAAACUAAAUAAAUCAAGAUUCUCAGAAUAUCAAAUUUUAAGGAUGGCUGAACAAAUAGAGAAAGCAGUUGACCUUAGAAUCCCUUCGGACUUCAUGUUUAACAAGUGUAACUAGGAGCUGCAAUAAUUCAUAAAUCAAUUAGAUUUUUAAGAUGGAUCUGAUUCCUAGUAAGUUCUUAAUAGUAUUGACUCAGCAUUUGAAGAAUUAAUCAGAAGAUCUAUCCACAAAAAUCUAAUCACUUAUCAAAUAGAGAAGAAGUUAUUCUAUAAUUAUGAACUUGAGGAUAUAGUUCAUGGUAUAGUAAUACUUUCCAUUAAACAAGCCAGAAAUGAAAUACUCAUUAAUAAAAUUAGUUAUGGACUGAAAUCAGACAUAAUUUUCAUUGCAUCUUAAAAUGAAUUAGAAGGUCUAUGGAAUAUAUAAAAGGUAAUAAUAAGUUUCAAGAAACAGUGCAUUAGUGAAAGUAAGUAUAAUGAGGCAGUAUCUCCUAUUGUAAAGCUAUUAAAAAUGCACUCCUAAUGA